UCCUCCUCAGUCCUUUCUUGUCAAUGUCAGGCACACACACGGUGCCAGGCGGCAUCUUGGUUUCAAGGAUUUACAUCAGGACUCCGGCUGUACUUUAUACAAUGGUUUCGGACCGCUUGCACCCACUUGUGCUGAAGGUGCACCAAAUAUACUAGAGGAGCUCGGACGAGUUCAGUUGCAGACAUGCAGGCGGAUCGCCGUCCUUCCUCCCAGAACAGUGGAUGCCAAAGAGCCCGGAGCGGCGGUGCUCAAGGACUGCAAGCUGGGUACAACUGGCAGCAUAUAGUCCCUGCUCUAGUAACCGGGAAUGUGACGGGUUUGCGGAAAUUAGCAGAGCUAGAAGUUGUGCAAGUUCUGAGUGAGUACGAUGAGAAAGGGCACACUCUUGUGCACUGGGCAGCGCUCACAGGAUCGGCGUCUCUCCUGAGUUACUUGGUGCUAAGGCUUCCUGUAAAUCUUCCCACCCGCUCCGAGCCGGUGCAGCGACCUAUUCAUUGGGCUGCAGUGAAAGGGCACAUCACUGCCGUAGACAUAUUGUUACAAGCUGGCGUCUCGCCGGAUGAGAGGGAUCAGAGAGGAUGUACUCCGUUGAUAUUAGCUUCGCAGUUCGGACACAUUGCCCUCUGUUGCCACCUGAUGAGGAAGGGAGUCAGUCUCCAGGUCUGUGACAGCCAAGGUGACAAUGCAUUGCACUGGGCAGCAUCUCAAGGACACUGUGAGUUAACUCGCCUGCUGAUAUAUUCUGGCCUUUCUCCCGCAAAACAGGAUGACUAUGGUCAGACACCAUUGCAUUUAGCUGUCCUUAGUGGCAGCCUCCUCACUGUCCAGCUGCUGUGUGAGCAGAAUGGAGAGGAAUUAGAAAAUGAGGAUAAAAAUGGAAACACACCUCUGAAACUUGCAAGAGGUCAACAGUGUGAAGAUAUCAUUGUCUAUUUAGGAAAUACCAUCACUAGUCUAUCAAAAAGUCGAAAUCUGAAAUUUGACUGGAGUGCAUUGGUCUUUGGCCCACCAGGAAAAUCAAAGGGGCCAAUUCUUUUCUUCUAUGGCUGUUUGCUGUUGUGGGGUUACCCUACCUAUUUUACACAGAUUGUCUCAAUCUCAUUGAACAGGCUAAUGGGCUUCCAUAUCACCUUCUUGAUCUGCAAUGUACUGAUGUGGUAUCUAUUCCUAAAAGCUUCUGUGAUGGAUCCCGGUUUUCUUCUAAGAGACUGCGAAAAAUAUGACCAUGCUCUCAGACAGGCAGUUUAUUUUGAUCAGUGGGAACAAGGAAAGAAUCCUCUGAGCAGACUUUGCCAUACUUGCCACAUUGUGAGGCCUCUCCGGUCCAAGCACUGCCGUGUAACAAACCGCUGUGUGGAAUACUUUGAUCAUUAUUGUCCUUAUAUUUAUAAUGAUGUCGGCUACAGAAACAGAAAUUAUUUUUUGGGUUUCCUAGCAACAAUGUGCCUUAAUAGUGUGAUGGGAGUCUACCUUGCUUGGGACUGGUUUAAUGAGAUGGGUCGCAGCAUAUUCAUUGGAAUCGGAUUCAUAUUCCUGUCUGUUAUUACCGUCAUAUCAGCAAUAAUGACUGGCAUAUAUUUCUAUAUGGCUGCACUUAACUUAACAAUAAAUGAACACAUGAAUCAGAAGAAAUACAGUUAUCUUGACAAGAAUGGACAUUUUCAUAACCCGUUCAACAGAGGUUUUCGACUGAACUUAAUGGAGUUCUUUCACCUAAUUGAGCCACAGAGGGAGUAUGAACUCAGUAUACUGGAUGGAUUGCACAUCAUCUGAACAAAAUAAAAACCUUGACAAGAUCUACAACUUUCUUCUUUCAAAAUUAAGGCACAAGCAUCCAUCUUAUAUGCAUCGUUAUAUAUUAAUCUAUUUUGAAAAAGAAUAUUAAGAUACACUACCAUAAAAUGGUCAAUUCACUAAUUAUGUAUAAUUACGAUGAAGUACUUUUCUUUUAACAUGUUAAUAAAUAUACAAAAACG